GUGGUAUAGUGUGUCAGCAUGUUUGUUAGCUACACUCCUGCGUUCUCCAUAGCAAUGACAAAGCAAAUGGGCGUGUCUUCUUCCAUGUUGCGAUUGUUGUCCCAUGGUGAGCGUGGGUUGGAGGAGAUAGUUGUGCCUGUGAUUGGCUAAGAACACCGCAGUGGGCGUGCCGCGAACAGUGAAGACUGUCACCGGAUUGACAUAAGGUGCUUCUUGGGACUUGGUGACAGAAGAGUUCCGGCAUGGAUUGUGCUCAGAGUCCUCAUCCCGUCCGGUUGUAUGUGUACGAUCUGUCCCGCGGCUUGGCUCGGCGUCUCAGUCCUGUCAUGCUCGGUAAGCAGCUAGAAGGAAUUUGGCAUACUUCUAUUAUUGUAUUUGCUGAAGAAUUCUUCUAUGGAGGAGGUGGCAUCACUAGCUGUCCACCGGGGGGGACACUGCUGGGUGGUCCAGACACUGUGGUGGAUCUGGGCAACACUGAGGUGACUGAAGAGAUCUUCCUGGAGUACCUGUCCUCAUUGGGGGAGUCCGGUUUCAGUGGGGAGUCCUACAACCUGUUUGAUCACAACUGCAAUACCUUCUCCAAUGAAGUUGCUCAGUUCUUAACCGGGAGGAAAAUCCCUUCCUACAUAACAGAACUGCCAUCCGAAAUCCUGUCUACGCCCUUUGGACAAGCACUUCGCCCUUUCUUGGAUUCCGUUCAAAUUCAGCCACCUGGGGGUAACAAUUUUAACAGGCAAAGUGGUCCAAGUUAACUGGAGCAGAAUUGGUUUCACUGUGGGCCGUGCCCCUCUUUUUAACUUAAUAUAUUUGUAUCAUCUGUUUUAAAUCCAUACGUGUUCUUUGUUUCAUUCCAUUUGCAUUUUUGCAACGACCUAAACAGUACUGGGAAGGCUCAUAGUUUUUCUAUCAUAUCAUAAUAGAUGUUUUCUACUUUAACUGACAAAAUGGCCUUUUCUUGAGACUCUUCAGUUUAGUAACACGGAGGUAUCC